AUGACGCGACAACUCCCCUGGGACCGUAAGGCACUGGAACGGACGGCGAGCCCGAAGAAGCAGACUGCGUCGACACCUCGGAGAACCGCAACACCAAAUCGGGCUCCAUCUCGAGCAACGACAGCCGCUGCAUCACCGUUAGAUCGCUCGAAUCAUAAGCCAGCCCGCUCAAAUGGUUUCCUUGGAGGCAGAAGCCCGUCAACUUCACCACCGCCAGAACCCCUUCCAGAAACCUUCAUGAUAGAAGGCCUUGAAAAUGACGACAAAUAUCGCAUGGUCGAGGAUGAACUCGUCACAAUCGCAGGGCACUUCACAGCACACCUCCACGCAGCAGAAUACCAGCGUCUCAAAGCCCAAACGCGCACCCAGAAUGCAGAAACUAUCAAAACCAUUUCACGCCCUGUCGUCGGGUCCCUCACUGAGCUCGCGCGCAAACGCCAGGAGGAGCUGCUCCGUAAGAAGAAGCAGCGCGAGGCGCUGCGCCGCGCAAAGAGGGAUGCCGGCAGAGACGACGAGGACACUGGAGACGAGACGAACGUGCCGUGGCGGGGAACGUCGCUGCAGGGGCUUAUGCACAGUCCCAAGAAGAAGGAGGUGCCGCUGAUGGCGCUGACGAGAGCGGAUUCGGGCGUGAGGACAUCGGCUUCGGGGUUGUUUGGGGGCGUGGUGAGGUCUUCUCAGAACAAAAGGCCAGUGGCGCCGGCGAAGAGGAGUAUGCCGGUGGAUGAGGAUUCGACCGAAGACGAGAGUGAUGACCUUGAGGGACCCGUUAAAGGCCCGGUCAGGAGGGAUAUCGAACACAAAAGGCCGGCUUAUCCAUCGAAAACCAUUGCAAAGGUCCAGAGUCGACCCAGUCAUCAGCAAAGAACGAUGCAACCGAACAGCACACGACUGUCCGAUACGAAAGUGUCUUCAAAUAGUCAUGGGCCCUUGGUAACAGCGGCUUCGAAAUCGAUCUCAACUGCCAGAGCGGCUACUCAUACAACACCUACGAACGAAGAAGAAAAAGAAGAUGACGACGACGAUGAUCUAUUUACUAGACUGAAGAAUCGGAGAGCGAACGCGAGGCCUCAGCGGCGGGCUCCAGUGAAGAAGGAGAAGCCAGACUCAAAGGAAGCCGGAGACAUCAUUCCGUCAUUCAUAUGA